AAGAAGGCUGAGAGUGAGAAAGAGAGGAAUCUGAAGAAUAACAAGGUUCAGUUAGGCGAUCCUGGUUUAUGAUCGAAACCACCAUUGACACUGAGAUCUUGUUGGAUUAACUAGUGCUUUCAAGGGUAAAUCGAGGAGAAUUCCCAGGAUAUGGGCUUAUGGACGUUGCUGGAAGGCUUUCUACUUCUUGCAAAUGCAUUGGCAAUACUGAAUGAAGACAGGUUCCUUGCCCCUAGAGGGUGGAGCUUCUCAGAGGUCUCAGGAGACGGCACAAAAUCACUCAGGGUGCAGCUUAUGGGGUUAAUCUAUGCAACCCAGUACUUGAGAUUGCCCCUUAUAGCUUUAAAUACCAUCACCAUCAUUAUAAAGUUGGUAUCGGGGUGAGAACCAAAAAGGGAGAUGAAUACCCAUUAGCAUGUUAUUAGCGUCUAGCCUCCUUUUCAUUUGAGGGGUCUCUUGUUUGAAUUUUAGUAGGAAAAUGAUUUCAAAUGUAUUUUGUUUGGCAAAUUUAAAAUAAUAAUAAUAAUUUGAAGAUUUGGAAA